AAGGCGGCCAGAAUUGCUUCCCACGACUGGGUCGAGUCUGGUCUCAACAGCCUGGUCUGGGGGAGUCACUCCAUAUGACAUCCACUGUCCCAGAACUCUGCCAAGAGGGGGGUGGGUCAGGCGAACGAGCUUAGAGAGCCCCCGCCCUUCCCUGCUGCUCAGCGUCACGCGUGACGUCCCGGUGAUGGCUGGGAGGAAAGCGGAGAGCGGUGAAGGAAGGCGGGUCUGAGAGCUGCUAAAAGCUGAAAACCCCGGAAAGCUGGGAACUCAAGAUAGCUGCCCUGGAUUAGUGCUGGUGACUCAACCACACACAUGUAAAUCCUGCAUCAGGCCACAGUAAGAUGGGUGAUUUGCCCUUAAAUAUCAACAUUCAGGAACCUCGGUGGGACCAAAGCACAUUCCUAGGCAGAGCCCGGCACUUCUUCACAGUCACUGAUCCCCGAAAUCUGCUGCUGUCCGGGGAUCAGCUGGAAGCUUCCCGGAACAUCGUUCAGAAUUACAGGGCUGGUGUGGUAACCCCGGGGCUCACUGAGGACCAGCUAUGGAGAGCCAAAUACGUGUAUGACUCAGCAUUCCAUCCGGACACGGGGGAGAAGGUGGUCUUGAUUGGCCGAAUGUCAGCCCAGGUGCCCAUGAACAUGACCAUAACUGGCUGCAUGCUUACCUUCUACAGGAAGACUCCGACUGUGGUGCUCUGGCAGUGGGUGAAUCAGUCCUUCAAUGCUAUCGUGAAUUACUCUAACCGCAGCGGGGACGCUCCCAUCACUGUGCGGCAGUUGGGAACAGCCUAUGUGAGUGCCACCACAGGGGCUGUGGCUACUGCUCUGGGACUCAAGUCUCUGACCAAGCACCUACCCCCACUAGUCGGUCGGUUCGUGCCCUUCGCAGCUGUGGCCGCAGCCAACUGUAUCAACAUCCCCCUGAUGAGGCAGAGGGAGCUGCAGGUGGGCAUCCCAGUGACUGAUGAGGCUGGUCAGAGGCUUGGCCACUCGGUGACUGCUGCUAAACAGGGAAUCUUCCAGGUGGUGAUAUCGAGAAUCGGCAUGGCGAUUCCUGCCAUGGCCAUUCCCCCAGUGAUCAUGAACACUCUGGAGAAGAAAGAUUUUCUGAAGCGCCGCCCCUGGCUGGGGGCGCCCCUGCAGGUGGGACUAGUAGGCUUCUGCUUGGUAUUUGCCACACCCCUGUGCUGCGCUCUGUUCCCUCAGAGAAGCUCCAUACAAGUGAGCAGGCUGGAGCCGGAGCUGAGAGCUCAGAUCGAAGCACAAAACCCCAGCAUCGAUGUGGUUUACUACAACAAGGGGCUCUGAGGGGAGUCGGCCUCUGCCCCUGUCCUUACCUCCUUAGGCUGCUUCUCUGGUGCCACCUUGUAACGCUACCACCUGUUUAUCUUCCGGGUACCGGGCGAGGGGCUUGAUGUUGGAGCAGCCACUGAGACCAGCAAACUUAGACUGGGGGAGGCACCCCUAUAAGCCUCUUCUCUCCUCUCUGGUUUCAAAGAGCAAGUCACAAAACCCAUCCCUCCUGUGUUUGUGUGUGUGCAGAGACACAUGCAGCACAUACAAGUGUUUAUACAUUUGGUCCUGGAAGCUAAGAGCAGAAAUGCUGUUCUAGGAUGUCCUGAUAUUUGUCUUCUCUCCUCAGACUCCUGUCUACCUAACAGUAAGCCAGGUGAUAGGUGGGACUUCCUUCCCUAAACUGUUCCUCUGGCCAAGUCAUUUCUGACAGCAUCUUAGCCUUCUGCACCCAAGAUUAGCCCCAGGAUCCCAGAACACCAACUAAAGGACAUCAGCAGGCCACAACAACUUAACACUUCAGGUUUCGAGUAGCUAGCUCUAAAAGCUGGUUCAGGACCUGGGCUGGCAGAGGCAGCAGUGCGGGAUCAGGGAGGCGGGGGGCUCAUGUUUGCUGGUCCCCACACCCUAGAAUGACUUCACUCCUCUCUUCUUUUCUUGUGGAACACGGGGAUGUCAGUAGCCUGCACUGCUCUCCACGCUUCAAUGUGGGUGCUUUUAGGGACAGUUUUGGAUAUCCUUGGUCUGUUCUGAUGACUCAUGACUCAGACAGAAAUCCCAUACUUCCAAUUCCUUCCCCAGUUAGAAAGCCACACAGGAAGAGCAAGCAUUCCCUUCAGGAGCUGCCACCACCCGUACCCACUUAUAGGGGGACCGGAGUGGGAACGGUGCUUAAACACAGGCCUCAAGCGUACAAUAUCAAGACAGGUAAUUCUGUGUUUUGUUGACUCUUCUUAGACACACCCCCGACCUCAGCUCCUUCCUUUCCAUCUACCCUGUCUCUGGGAGAACCCAGGGCUUCAUAUAUGAUAGGCAAGUGCUCUACCACUGAGCUAUAGCCCCGGUGCGCUCUCUUGCGCUCUCUCUCUCUUUCUUCCUCACUCUCCUU